AUGGAAUCCGCCAACUUGGAAAUGGGGAUCAUUUUCCUCAAUCAGAUGGGAGCAGGAAUACUGGGAAACUCCUCCCUCCUUUGUCUUUAUAACUUCUCUCUGCUCACUGGACACAAAUUGAGGCCUACAGACUUGAUUCUCAACCAGCUGGUUUUAGCCAACAACUUGGUUCUUUUCUCUAAAGGAAUCCCAUAGACAAUGGCAGCUUUUGGAUGGAAAUAUUUCCUGGAUGAUGAUGGAUGUAAACUUGUCUUCUAUUUUUACAGAGUGGCCAGAGGAGUUUCCCUCAGCACCACCUGCCUUCUGAGUGGCUUUCAGGUAAUUAAGCUUUGCCCCAGGAUCUCUAGAUGGAUGGAGCAAAGAAUUAGAUCCCAAAACUGCAUUGGCUUCUGCUGUUUCCUCUGCUGGAUCCUGUAUCUGUCGUUAAAUACUUUUAUUGCUAUGAAUGUAACAGGGUCAAAGAGCAAAAACAUGAGUAUGGAGAAAAAUUAUGGAUACUGUUACUCACCCAUUCCAGAUAGAUUUGUAGUCUUACUACAUGCUGUUAUAUUCUCCUCUAUUGAUGUUAUAUGUUUGGUCCUCCUGGUCUGGGCCAGUGGCUCCAUGGUCCUCGUCCUGCACAGACACGAGCAGCAAGUUCAACACAUUCACAGCAACAGCUUCUCCCCCAGAACUUCCCAUGAGGCCAGAGCUACAUGCACCAUCCUGAUCCUGGUGAGUGCCUUUGUAUUUUACUCUCUUUCUUCCAUUUCAGCUCUUUAUAAUGCUCUUAUUGUGAUACCAAGCCAGUGGCUUUUGGACACUUUUGUGUCCCUGGCUUUGUGUUUCCCCACAUUUAGCCUCUUUUUGCUUAUCACCAAUGACAGCCGUUUCUCUCAGUUCUUGUUCGAUUUCUGGAACAGAAGAAAGCAUUUAUAUCUAGAACAUAGUAGUAGUAGCAUCAGAGUCCAUCUAAAUUCAAGAUGA